AUAAUAACCACCACGGUAUCGCCUCCCUAUCUCUCUCGCUCGCGCCUGCUCCUCCAAAAGCAAUCUCCUUUCCGCUCCCACUCGAACGUGAGUUUGCGUCUUGCCCGUAGCCCCAUCUCAAUUUGCCCUCGAGCGUUUGGAUCUCCUUAUGGUCUGGUUAAAUAAGGUUUGAAGAUAUUGCAACCUCCAGUGGGCAGCCAGUGAAAGUCAUUUUUUAUUUGAUUUUAUCCACUGAACAUCGUCAAGUCUUUAAAUCCAGUAACUAUUUGAUUACAUAUUCUUCUAAAUUGUCUCCCCAGAAAAAAUGGAUCGUGCUGAUACGUCUGGCUUUGUCAGUGGUGGUAGUCAUGAAUUAAGAUUCCAUGCUUAUUUCCAUUUUAUCUACAUAGAAUCUCUUAUAAGGCUCCUUCAAUAAGACUGAACUGAUAUCCUCUGCCUGCAAACUUCUUCCUAAUUCAUUCACAUCCAUUUCCUGUGCACCUUGUCAGAGAGUAUGAAUCUUGACAUGACUGAUCUCUUGUUGUAUCAAAGAGAACAUUUGGACAGCACUUCGGUUACACAUGCUGGUCAGGUUUCAACUUAUGGCCAGACCAACAACUUGAGCGACACAACAUUACGCAUGGACAGCCUAGGCUAUGAAUUAUGUGAAUCUGGAAGGCCUGUGAAUCUUCAGAACAAUUCUGAUCUCCGUACUCAUGAUGAUGGCUGCCGCCUUGUCCUUGGACUGGGUCCAACUCCAAACUUCUAUUCUGCUGAUUACAACCCAACCAUGCUUACUAAACCGAAAGAAUCUGCCACUUCAUUUAGCUGGAGUGUUUCUGGAGCUGAUUUUGGGAUGUUAGAACUUGGACUGUCAAGGGGGAGUUCAAACACAGUCCCAGCUGUCAUACAGAAUAGUUGCCAGACUGAAUCACCUUCAACUGAGAAAAGGAUGCAUGUUCCCAUUGUUGACGAGGGUUCAACUUCUGCCAAGAGGAAAUCGGGUGGCUAUAUGCCGACUCUUCUUUUUGCUCCAAGACUGGAGAAUGUCAGUGGUUUCAAAACCCCAACCGAAGCUGGGAAACUGUUAGACGUUGCAAGUGAUGCAACUAUCCACCACCAUCAUCGUCAUCAUUACCAUGUUCUUAAUCAUCAGUUUCAGUUCAGUCCUGAGACCUCUGCAGCAACAGAUGGUUCAGUGGGUGGAACGACUGAUCCAUUAGUCACUGGCAGUCCAGCUGACCAGAGGGCCAAUCACCAUCAAUCGAAGAAAUGCAGGUUUAAUGGCUGCUCAAAAGGUGCAAGGGGGUCAUCUGGACUCUGCAUUGCUCAUGGAGGUGGGCAGAGGUGCCAGAAGCCUGGCUGCAAUAAAGGUGCCGAGAGCCGAGCAGCAUACUGCAAAGCCCAUGGAGGAGGGAGACGCUGCCAGCAGCUUGGGUGUACUAAGAGUGCAGAGGGAAAGACAGACUUUUGCAUUGCUCAUGGUGGUGGUCGUCGGUGUGGUCAUCCUGGGUGCUCCAAAGCGGCGCGUGGCAAAUCUGGGCUGUGUAUUAGGCAUGGUGGGGGUAAGAGGUGCACAGUGGAAGGCUGCACAAAGAGUGCUGAGGGCCAAGCAGGGCGCUGCAUCUCCCAUGGUGGGGGCAGGCGGUGCCAGUAUCAGGGAUGCGGCAAAGGUGCACAAGGGAGUACCAUGUACUGUAAAGCCCAUGGUGGUGGCAAGCGGUGCAUCUUUGAAGGAUGCAAUAAAGGGGCUGAAGGAAGUACUCCUUUGUGCAAAGGACAUGGCGGAGGCAAGCGGUGCCUCUUUGAGGGCGGUGGGGUGUGCCCAAAGAGUGUUCAUGGUGGUACUAAUUUUUGUGUAGCUCAUGGAGGGGGGAAGCGUUGUGCCAUGCCUGGAUGUACCAAGAGUGCUCGUGGUCGUACUGAUUGCUGCGUGAGGCAUGGUGGUGGUAAGCGGUGCACGUCUGAGGGAUGUGGAAAGAGUGCUCAGGGAAGCACGGACUUCUGCAAAGCUCAUGGUGGAGGGAAACGCUGCACAUGGGCUAUGGGGUGCGAGAAGUUUGCGAGGGGAAAGAGUGGUUUGUGUGCAGCCCAUGGGAGCUUGAUGGUCUCCCCAAGGGAGCACGAGGUUGGAAACGUUGGGAGCAUGAUAGGGUCAGAUCUUUUCCGAGGAAUUGUCUCAACUUCUACAGCAGCAGGGAACAGCAAAGAUAACGAGCUCUCUUCAUCAGGAGUGAGCUCCUUGUCCGACUGCAUCGAGUCCUUGGACAGCAUGGGGAGUGAGCAGCAUCUUAUACCUCCCCAGGUGCUGGUUCCCCUCUCUAUGCAGUCUUCCUCUUAUGCCUUUGGGUUGAUUGGUGGGGGCAGAGAGGAAGGAGAGAGCCAGGACAAGAGCUUUGGGCUGGUGAUCCCCGAGGGCAGAGUGCACGGCGGUGGGUUGAUGUCUUUGCUUGCAGGUAACGUGAAGAAUGCUAUUGGCGGUGGGAAGGUAUGACCUUCAUUUAGACACACGGUACCCUCAAAACGCAGUUGCCUAAUCGGGAAGAGGCAUGUGGUGUAGAACAAGUUGUCUAUAUUAUUGGUUGGUUCUCUGAGUCUGUCUCAAAAACUCUAUAAUCUUGUCUGGUUGGGUUGUACUCGCUCCACACGGUGUUAAAAGAAUUGGAGUGUGGAAGAAUUAAGGAUCUGUGUCUAGCUGUUGUAUGGCUUUGUAAGAUUCCAUUCCUCCAGACUUGCAGGCACCAGUUCUUAUCAAUAAUUGCUGUAUUAGGUGCUUCCAGGAAGUAUAGUGUCACUUGUGUUGUAUGUGGUCUUUCAUUGGGGUGUUUCUUUGGCACAUUGUGAUCAGUUUAUGUCAAGGGAAGAAAAGUCAAAGAAAGAGGAUUCACCUUAGCAAUAA